UCUGCGGGGGGUGACCAUGGUGGAGCUGGUGAAGAAAGAAGGCAGCACGCUUGGACUCACCAUCUCAGGAGGAACCGACAAAGAUGGGAAGCCGCGGGUAUCGAACCUACGACCUGGAGGGCUGGCAGCCAGGAGUGACCAGCUAAAUGUCGGCGACUACAUCAAGUCGGUGAACGGCAUCAAUCUGACCAAACUGCGGCACGAAGAGAUCAUUAGUUUACUGAAGAAUGUAGGAGAGAGAGUUCUGUUGGAGGUGGAGUAUGAGCUGCCGCCUACAGCACCAGACAGCACCUCAGGGGUUAUAUCAAAGACAAUCGACAUCUGUUUGCACAAAGAGGGGAACAGCUUUGGUUUCGUCAUGAGAGGUGGAACCCAUGAGGACUGGCACAAGUCACGGCCCUUAGUGGUGACGUACGUCAGGCCUGGAGGCCCUGCAGACAGAGAGGGCACACUGCGUCCCGGCGAUCGUCUCCUCAGUGUGGACGGCGUUCCUCUACACAACGCCAACCACAGCGACGCCCUCAGUGUGUUGGCUCAGUGCGGACAGGAAGCUUUGUUCCAGAUAGAGUAUGACGUCACCAUCAUGGACACAGUGACGAAUGCCUCGGGUCCGUUAUUAGUGGAAAUUGCCAAAUCACCGGGAGCAACGCUGGGCAUCACGCUGACAUCGGCCAGCCAUCGAAACAAACAGGUCAUCGUCAUCGACCGGGUUAAACCUGGCAGCGUGGUGGACAGAUGUGGAGCGUUGCAUGGUGGGGAUCACCUGCUGUCCAUAGAUGGGACGUCGACAGAACACUGUACAGUCCUGGAAGCGACACAGCUACUAGCAAGCACAACAGAACUGGUCAAAUUAGAAAUACUCCCCUCACAUCAAACAAGGCUAACUGGGAAACAGCAUGACACAGUGAAGGUUCAGAAGUCGGACCACCCCCACUCCUGGGACCCCUGUGUGAACUACUGUCACCCCCAAAACUCCACCCUCUGCAACGCAAGCUCCACCCUCAACAAAUCUUGGACCGCCUCCAACAACAACACUAUCAACAGCCUUGACUACUGCAAGUCUCUGGUAUCUGCCAGUUUUUCUCCGGGCUCUACGACCACGUCGGGCCCCAGCAGCCAGAGCUCCAGCACCCUACCCAGGACUACAGUUCCCAUGAGUCCUCGUAACUCGCUGCUCAAACGGCGACAAAGGAAGAAAGAGCACAAGAGCUCAUUGUCCCUGGCGUCCAGUUCGGUGGGUCCGGGUGGUCAGGUGGUUCAUGUGGAGACCAGUGAGGUUGUCUUAACCGGUGACCCGCUCAAUGGCUUCGGUGUGCAGCUGCAAGGAGGGAUAUUCGCCACGGAAACACUGUCUGCACCGCCACUUAUCCGAUUCAUAGAGCCUGACAGCUCUGCAGAGAGGUGUGGCCUGCUGCAGGUUGGAGACCGUCUCCUGUCCAUCAACGGGAUCCCCACAGAAGACGGAACACUUGAGGAAGCCAAUCAGCUUCUCCGAGAUGCCGCGCUGACCAACAAAGUCACACUAGAAAUAGAAUUCGAUGUUGCAGAGUCGGUGGUGCCUAGUAGUGGUACUUUCCAUGUCAAACUGCCGAAGAAGAGAGGAGUGGAGCUGGGGCUCACCAUCAGUGCCAGUAAGAAGUCGGGGGAGCCCCUUAUCAUUUCUGACAUCAAGAAGGGUAGCAUGGCUCACAGAACAGGAACACUGGAGCCUGGUGAUAAGCUGUUGGCCAUCGACAACAUCAGACUGGAGAAUUGUUCCAGAGAUGAUGCAGAGCAGAUCCUCCAGCAGUGUGAGGAACUGGUCAAGCUAAAGAUACGCAAAGACGAAGACAACUCAGAUGAGCAGGAGACGUCAGGCAGCAUUAUCUACACAGUGGAACUGAAGCGGUAUGGAGGCCCUCUGGGUAUCACCAUCUCAGGCACCGAGGAGCCUUUUGACCCCAUCACUAUAUCAGGCCUAACCAAGAGAGGCCUUGCUGAGAGGACAGGGGCUAUACAUGUAGGUGACCGGAUCUUGGCUAUCAACAGCGUCAGUCUGAAAGGCAAACCGCUGAGUGAAGCCAUCCACUUGCUGCAGAUGGCCGGAGAGACGGUCACCCUCAAGAUAAAGAAACAGCUUGACAACUUAGAAGAUAGGAAGGCAGCCGAGGUAGAGGACACAACAGAGAAUGAGGUCAGUGACCCUGAAGAGGACGAUUUGACAGACAGCCAACAGACCAAUAAGCUAUCAGAGCUUUACUCCACAACCAUACCCAGCGUUGACUCCGCCAUGGAGUCAUGGGAUGGCUCAGGGCUGGACGCAGGCUAUGGCAGCCAAGGUACAUACAGCCAUCAGGCAGCUGGCAUCGCCCUUCACCCACAUGAGUGGCGUAGUGCCAAGCAGCAGCGCAGCACCACACCUCCACCUGGACGCCGGAAGAACUAUCCUUUCAGCGAUGGAGGCUUCAGUGAGGACGACUGGGACAAACCUCCAGGAUUUAUUGGCCAACAACCAGAUGGUAUUCUUUUGGAUCCAGACGACAGUUUCUGGUGUCAGGCUCUGGAGGACCUAGAGACCUGCGGCCAGUCAGAACUACUCAGAGAGAUAGAGGCGUCCAUCAUGACAGGCACAGCCAUCAGCCUAGGUGUAGAUGGUGUCAACAAGCCUCCAGGUGAGCCCAUACUGAGCCACAGCAGGAUGAGCCCGUUGCGGAGAAAUUCUCUCCUACACCAGGGGAACCUGCUCCACCAAGGUGCACACCUCCACCAGGGGGCCCACCUGCACGAGGAAGCCCACCUGCAUGAAGGGGCCCAUCUACACCAAGAUCCCCACAUGCAUGAUGAGGCCCAUUUCAACCAGGAUGCACACCUGCACCAGGGAGGCCACAUCCACCAAGACAACCAAUCUCCUCUGCUUCACCACGAGCCCAAGGCCAAGGCCUCGUUGAGAGUAUCAGAGAGAACGUGGGAGUCUCGUCGGAUCAAAGAGGAGAUGCAGGGUAUCCUGUCUCCAACGCCUCUGGAGCUGCACAAGGUAACAGUGAUAAAGGACCCGGAGAGUGACGACUUUGGCUUCAGCGUGUCAGACGGCUUCUUGGAGAAAGGUGUUUACGUCAACAUGAUCAGACCAGAUGGGCCAGCUGACCGAGCCGGGCUCAAACCCUAUGACAGGAUCCUGCAGGUGAACCAUGUGAGGACGAGGGACUUUGACUGCUGCCUGGCGGUGCCUCUCAUCACGGAGGCUGGAGACAGACUAGAGCUGGUCAUCAGCCGCAACCCGCUGGCCAACGAUGAUCCAGAGGACAAUAACAACACUUUAGACCACCCACUAGACCUGUAACACGCGCACACAAACACAGCUGAAUCUCUUGACAUGCACACACAUGCAUGUCAGGCAGAAUACGUACUAUACUGGAACUGGCCCAAUACACACAAAGUAGUUCACUGACUGGCAAUAAUUCUACUUCAACACAAAGACUCCUACUGGAACACACAUCCAAGCAUUGCAUGCUCACACAGUCACCCCAUCCCCAUUCACGCUGAGCUGUCAUACAAUAUAUUCUCUAUGGAAACACUACCACAGUACAGAAAAAAACACCAGAGGCUAUACUGACUCUUGGCUUGGUGUCCUUACAAUGUUGUUCCAGCAUCAAGAAGCACUUACUUGGCACUUUAAAGAGCCAUUUUUACUGAUUUUGACUAAAUAUUUUUCCUUAAAACAAAUGGACAAAUGGAUAAAACCUGCAACUAUAGAUUGACAUAAAUCUACUGUGGUCACGGUACCAGAGGGAUCUGCCUUAUUAUCCAAUAUUGUCAGUGAUUUUAGGAAAUUGCAUGAUUAGAGGAGAAAAAAGAGUCUUGUCCCGUUUGCAGAUUUCAUUUGUUUUAUGGAAGACUAGUAAGGCUCAACAGCAGCUUAUAACAAUUUAUAAAGGAACUGUGUCUGACGAUGGUCUGUACAGAUGUAGCUACUUGUAGAAGUCCACAGUGCUGCUAAAAAUCUUCUCAAAUACUGCUGCUUCCCUGCAAUUACACAGUCAAAUUUAGGCCUAUUUUCCAGCUGUUGUAUGAAGGCAGACUUCUAUAUUGAAUACAAAUGCUCAUUGUUAUGUCACCACAACGACAGAGAUCUAAAUUUGUGCCAUCAGUACAAGAUAAUGAUGUCAUCAAAACUGCCAAACAGUUUUCUUUUGUUUUAUACAAUCAUCAGGCAAUACAGAAAUGAGGAGAGGGCUUGAUUUAGACUCUUAUUGAAAAAUGGAAGCUUAAGGCGACUUUUGCUCCGACACAGAUAGACAGCUGUGCAUGUGAAAGAGAAAGAAAACACUGUUGCCAACAGAAGAACAUUAACCUCUAACACAGAUUUUUGACCCUUUGCUACGUUUUCUUUUUUGCCAGAUGCUGAAACUUUGCCCAAUCUGUCACUAUAGUUGUUUGAGAGCACUGGGUUCAACUUCUUAUCUUAUCUCAAUUCACUGAUGGCCUACAAAGUCAAAUAGCACUAGCUACUAUGUAUGCCUUUUAAAUAGAGACUAUGAUUUGGUUGGCGGUCUAUGCGGUAUGAUCAGAAACAACACUUAAGUGUGCCAUUAAUGGUGCUGUUUGUUGGACUUAUAAGAUAAUAGUUUAGUUGUCAUACAAAAUCAAGGCCCCCCGUGUGUUGUCAGCAGCCUCAAAACUGUAUUUUACACUGUGAGCCACUUGGGAAUGAUUGCUUAAAUGGGAAUAAUAAUAAUAAACAGCAUUUUUCAACAACAAACAGAGCUAAAGCUUGUAAGUCCGCAAUUAAAGCAGAUGGUUGAAAGACGGAUAGAUGGGAACAUGUUUAUUCAACAUGGCUAAACUUUACAGUAAAUGUGUAAAAUUGGUUCCAUUUGUAUUUCCCACGACCAGCCAUCAAAAUUAGCUUGGGCAGGCAGUGGCAACACCAGUCAUCAAAACUAGAGCCACUGAUGGAAAGGAAGAGUAAGACCUUACUUUAGCAUGGAGAAUUCCCAUUUUGAUUUCAGCUUACACCGCUUCCUAGUCUUCCUCGUGCACCAUCUCUGAGAUUCAGCAAACAAGUGGGAGCAACAAGCAAACCAAUAAGGAAGUAACAUCCUUUUUGUUGUUGUAAACAACAGGUCUCAUCAAUAACUUACGACUACGAAAACCUACAUACAGCACCUCCAAAUGUUGUCUAUGGAUCACUACUGCUGUUGGUUUUGAAGGGAAACUACGCCUUUUGCAGCACAGAGAUUAUGAACAAAUUUAGUGGCAUCAUCUGCAAACAGAUUGAAUUCACCAGACUAUGGACAAGUCUCUCUCACACACACACACACUCUUAAAGAACAGGGCAAGCCUGCGCAGAUUAAGGACAUGAAACCAUGCAGUUUGUACACAUUUGUCUUAAAGUUUGUUGGGUUGUGUUUUAUUUCAUGCAACUUUGUGGGUGUAUCUUAAGGGGCGCAUAUAGGUACAUGCAGUUACCUACUGACUUUGGCUAACUAGAACUGCUGAACCUUUAGAAUGCUUUUUAAAUGCUGACAAACUGGAUUCAUUUUUAUUUUUGCAGCUUUAGGGAGCAAUUACAGAAAUGUUGGAAGGUUUUUCUAGUUCCAUAAACGUUUCCCUGUUUUGUACUCCCAUUACAAAUUUCUUUUAGGGUAUCAUCGUUAGAUUUGAGGUUUAUGUUACAGCCACCACCGGCAAAUUAUUUCAGCAGUCCGAGAAAUCAAGUUUCACAGCGCUAAAUACUGACAACAUUCAAUGCGGAUGCAAUAUUGUUGUCAGCUCAGCCACAAAUCAUCGAGUCUCCAGCCAUUGUAAUAGCAAAGUGUUGUAACACUAAUAAGAAAUGAAAUCCCAGCGUCAAGUAUCAUGUUAUUAAGGGUAAUGGUUACACUUUCUCGCCGUCCUGCAGUCAUCCCAGAUGACAAAUGUGACUAAUGUUUCAAUCAGGAGUAGGAGUGGAGCCUGAAGAUGUCCAUACAGAGGCUUUUGAGCCCUCUGAACUAGUGUACCUGGUUUCUACAGGCUUGCUACAUUACAAUUCCCAACUAACAUAAGUAGUGUUGCUCAUUGAAACAUCAGAAUCAAUUAUGCAGACAGCAAGUGCUGCAUAUUAAAAGUGAACAAAAAAAGUAUAUUGAGCAUUAAAAGAUAAGCAUUUAAUUCCUACUGCUUUGUAACAUUACAAUGUAGUGUUUGUUUAGUAGUCGUGCAAUAAUUACGACCCAAAUCCAUCAAUUAAUUGGCGAUGCCACUUGAUAAAAUCACUUGGCUGAUCUAUCACUACUCAAUACUGCACAACCCACGGGCUUCAGCAGUUCUUGUGAUGGUAAAUGGUGCAAAUCAGAGCUCUAGCAAAUUCAGAUUUGCAGAAUUCAUCCAAAAAUGACAGAAUUCAAAAUGAAUGCAUUAAUUUAAGUUUUCACAAUGCUGCAAUCUCAAAACCACCAUUAGAUGCGCCUAUUUUAAACAUUGAUUAGAUGUUUUAUGCUAAAAUUAACUCUGGGAGUUGGAGUUGUGCUUCACCAUCAGCUAUUUUAGUCAAAGUACCAAUUAUUUUCCAGCGCCAUUAAUUUUCUGCAUGGAUGAUUCACUUCGGAUAUUUUCAUGGCCAUUAAUGUCAAUGGAGACAUGGCAAAGCACCUCAAAUAGCUCCUAUCAACUUUCCAGCUAUGGCAUGUGGUAUUGUAGUAACACAAACUUGAAGAAACCUGUCAUUUAGUGACUUUCCUUAACACUCCCACAACUCCUCACCACCUGUUUUAGUUUGGUAACAGCAGACAUUCCUUCCACUUCUUUCACCUCCUGUUUUUCACGAUUUUCUCCAAUUCCUGCCAAAACUGUCUUUGCUCCAAUUAUCUGUGGAUUAACUGAAAUGAGACUGGCUGUCGUCCCCCUCCUACUGCACUUGGCUAAGUGUGUGAGAGAGAGCGAGUGUGUGUGCAACAGAGGAAAAACUGGUCAGAUGGUAACAUUUUUUAUUUUCCCGUGCGCUUGUAUGUACAGUACUGUGCAAAAGUAAGCACUCAAGUGCUGUUGUGUGGGGAUUCUUUCAAAAAUAAUGCCACAAAGUUUGAAAUUACCUCGAUGCUAAUUGUACCCAGGAGAAAACCCAAAUCAAAUUAGCGCUCUGCGUUACCGCCAAAAGAGCACCGAUUGUACCGAGGUAACUGGACACAGUUUUUGAAGGUGUUUGGCAUGUGUUUAGUUCGAAGCAUCUUGGAAAACUUGUCACAGUUCCUCUGUAGAUUAAGGCUGUAAUCCCCGACUGACUCCAUUUGGAAAAACUAGAGCAGCUAAACUACGAGGGCCCUUCACCACGCUUCCUCGAUUCAUUUAGACACUCUUCCUCACACUUCUUUCCAGUCCUUUGGCAGACAAACCACUUUCUGUUACAGCCAGAUAUUUCAAAUUUUGAUUUAUCAAUCCGGUGCACCUUCUGCUAUUGUCUUCUGCAGCCCACUUCUUGUGUUGUCAGGCGUCUGUGAUCACUUGGCAUUUUCGCACAAGUCCACAUCUGACCAUUCUUGUCCAGACUGUAGAGGAGUAUAGCGCUGGUUUCUGCCAGGCCUGAGCAGAUGGCGCUGCUGGACGUCUUCCAGUUUCUACGGGAACUUAGCUUCACGCGUCUUUGGUCUGCUGCUCUCAAUUUCCUCGGCAGAUGACUGCGUUUCUGGCCGUCAACCUUGGCCACUUCUUUGUGCAGAAGUGCUUGGAGAGCUCGAGACAGAUGUCUGCUGCAAGAUUUCUGCCUGUCAAAGAGUUCGCUGGUGCAGGACGACCACAUUGUGCCUCGACCUUUAUCCCCCUUCAACACCAUCUUUUCUUUUUUAAGUUAAUCAUUUUACAUCCUCACUUUAAUAUCAGGUAGAAAACGACCAUCUAGGUGACGUGUUGUUCUUCUAAUACACUUUUGCACAGUAGUGUACGUACACGCAAUAAACGGUGGGCGUAUGUGGGAAAGACAAUACAUGCAACAGAAAUAAAACGUGAGAGAUACUUGUGUGAAAGAGAAGGGACAGAAUAGCCUUUGUCCUCCGUAGGAUUGGAAAAACUUUGACAAGAACAAUCGCAACCUCUGUUCUCUGUCACUGUCUUGUGUGUCUCACUUUUUCCUCACAUUGUUACAUAAUACAGUUAGCAUCCAGAUGCCCCCUCUGAGAACACCCAUGUGUGUGUUUGCGAAUGAGAAAGCCAGCGUCUAUGUGAAUGUGUCAGUUUUCCGUGCGUGUCGAGGUUUCAGUGUGUACUAUAUACAUGCACGUUUAAAUGUAUGUAUCUCUGGAUGUCAGUUCUUCCCCUUCAGAGCAUUUACGGUGUGAGCUUUUGAGCAUGUGUGUGUUUGUGUGUGACAGAAACUGAACUAGCUGGUGUACAUUUCAUUGUACAGUACAGAUGUUUUUUUUAGGGCUGUGGUGGCCAAGAAACUCUCCCUUCUGAAACCCGGACAAGACUGAAAACACAACAAACCCGACGCGCACAAAGAAAAAAUAUAAAGGGACAUUUAAGCACUUACUACAAAAUAAGAAGCACACUGUUGAAUACCAUGCACUGUAAGUAUUUUCAUGUAUAACGGAACAAACUUGUCUGAGUGCUUUUUACGCAAUAUCAAGUGGCCAAAACAAAAAAAAAAAAAAAAAAGGAAAAAAAGUUUUGUACAGCAUCAAAAAAUGAAAAUGCUGAGAAAAGCCUUCCGAAUUGUUCUGUUGAUUUUUAUGUAUGUAUGUAUGUAUGUGUGGUCACCAAUUCUCCCUAUGCAUUUCUGGAUCAAAGGUCAGUUUAAAGCCCAAUCCAGAAUCGUAACAGAAGUCCCAAUAAUAGCUAAAGAAAUAAAAAUUCAUCCCAGCUGUCAUGUGUAAUGGAAUUAUUUGCACUGACUGGGUCAACGUAAAAAUUACAAAAAAUUCAAUUGCCAUGACAAUGUAGGAUUUAUAUUCCUGUUUUCAUUUAUUUUGAAUACAAAAGAUUCACUUUCGUGGGAGAAAUGUUUAAAUGUCAGAAGAUUGAAGAUUUUCUGGCGUUUGUUUUUUUAAUUACACUGGCUGGUUGUCAUUACCCCCCUGAACCCAUUAAAUGAUGUCAUUACACUGGACAAGACAUUACAUAAUCUAACAUUCAUUACAUCAUCAGCUGCAGUAAGGUGCUUUCACAUAGCCGCUAUUCCUGUCUGUGCCCAUUUAACGCACAAAAAUAUAUUGUGUUUUUGUGGUUCAUCUUGACAAAAAGGCUUAAAAAUAAACUGUCCAGCUUCUGACCAACAGGGUGCUGGUUAAAAUCCCAGCAUGCUGCAUUAAUCUUUGCUCCUAAUGGCAGAAGGUCAUUACUCUGUGUUCCUAUAACAAGUUCCUGUUGAGGAUGGAGCAAAUGUGGCCGUUCUGCUGCAUGAAUUGUUAUUGUACAGUGGAAAUUGGUUAUUUAUUCAGUUUUCUAAUUGGGAAACGUGGAGAUAAUAAAGAUAACUUCUUACUGUUUCUCUUAGCACUGCUUGAGGUCAGAGGAGUGUUUUUUUUAGCCUGCUAUGGCUAUGUUGGACAGUCUCAGCUGGUAGCUAAUAGCAAAAGCUAUCUGUAUAAAUGCUAUACACAGUAUCAGAAUUCAAAAAUGGCUUCUAUAUUUUGCGUGAUAAUGUUACAUGUUUGCCAAAAACCACAAUAGCUAAUCAUACCCUCCAAGAAAACUAUCGCUACCAUUUAAAUAUGAUGUGCUAAUAUAGUUGGCCCAUUUUCUCAAUAAGCUAAUGGUGUCUUGUUAGCUUAACUUAGCUUAACUUACUAACAAACUAUAGCAGGCUAGCUGUUAGCUACCUCCUCGGGAAACUAACAAUUUGCUAAUCAUAAAUAACAUUCGACCCUGAAAACCGCAGUUUUGUAGCUAUUCAUAACAUUUGGUAAGCUGACAAUUAGCAUUGUACCAAAACUGUAAUUAACUAGCCAGAGUGUUGAGCUAACAAAUGGCUUUCUCCACUCAAAACUACUUCAUCAGCCAUACCUGAUCAGCUAACAGUAGGCUAAUGCAAGAAAGUUAAUUGAACAUUUUUUUUUGUAGUUAGCUAACUAGCUGCUUUCAGUCUAGGUAACCACAGUUAACAUGCUAUCCCAUGAUACCCAUUCAGCUAACCAUUAGCUUGCGGCUUCAUCUAAUCAGGACAGCUAACAUUAGUCAUUAGCUUACCACCAGGAUUACUACAUAUACAGUUAGCCAUAUUAUCUCAUUUGCUAGACAUCAGCAGACUACCUGUAUAUCUUUUUUAAAUUAUUUUUAGUUUGUGAAUAGCUAACCUAACCAUUUGAUAACUAGACUCUUGCCAUUACUGUACACAUGAACAAACUUCAUCUCUGGACUUCCAGUCAGCUGUAACUAUGACUGAACAUGGGGAAAGUGAUAUCUUCGUGCAAAUUUAGAAACAAAAAAAGAAGAUGUAACUGUUAUCAAUCUUUAGUUCACAUUUCUAAUAAUGACAUGACCACCUUUUGCAUAAGGCCUAUCACAUUUGUAUUUUUUCUGCAUUUCUUUCAUUUCCAACCGUGUUUACGUGUCAAACCUUACUGCGAUUCGGGAUUGGGCUCUUAAUAAUGUACACGUUGAUAUUGUGUAUUUUUUUCAAAUUGUGUAAAGUUCUAUUCUAUGUAAUAUAGUAUUUUUCUAUGACAGUAUUACUCUUCCAAAACAAGGGAAGCAAAUACAAAAACAAAAAUUAUAAAAUGGAAAAUAAACUGUAUAACUUUGUUGUUGUUGUCAUUUUUGAUUUUUUUUUCCUUUUUGUUUGUUUUUCUUUUUUCUAUGAAACAAAGUGUACUGCUAUACUUCUCUUUUCGAGAAGGGAAAAAAUUAAAAGCAAGAAAAAUAAAAUGUCUAAUUUUA